GUCUCGGUCCCGCCGCCGCCCGGCCAGCCCUGCAGCUACCGCGCAACCGGAGUGCACGGGGGCACGCGUGGCACCGCGCGGACAGAGUCAGCGUCAGCUGGCCUUACCUUUCAAGGACUUUGGAAGAAGCCAAUCCAUCUCCCAAUUUGAAUCGGUCCCCACCGCUUCCAGAAGGAAAGGCAAGCUUGUUCCUAUGACAACCGCGGACAGGUACUUGCCGCUGACUUGCCCAGGGCCCUGGAAGCCUUGAAAGGUCUCAUCCUCUUUCCCCGUGCAGGAGCCUGAGGUCUGCCUCCUAUGCACCCCAGCACCCCCAUCAGCUCCCUCUUCUCCUUCACCAGCCCCGCAGUGAAGAGGCUGCUGGGCUGGAAGCAGGGAGAUGAAGAGGAGAAGUGGGCGGAGAAGGCGGUGGACUCUUUGGUGAAGAAGUUGAAGAAGAAGAAAGGCGCCAUGGAUGAACUGGAGAGGGCGCUGAGCUGCCCAGGCCAGCCUAGCAAAUGUGUCACCAUCCCACGAUCCCUAGAUGGACGCCUCCAGGUGUCCCACCGAAAGGGGCUGCCCCACGUCAUCUACUGCCGCGUGUGGCGCUGGCCAGACCUGCAAUCCCAUCAUGAGCUGAAGCCCUUGGAAUGCUGUGAGUUCCCAUUCGGCUCUAAGCAGAAGGAGGUCUGCAUCAACCCAUACCAUUACCGCAGAGUGGAGACCCCAGUUCUGCCUCCAGUGCUGGUACCAAGACACAGCGAGUACAACCCUCAACUCAGCCUCCUGGCCAAGUUCCGAAGUGCCUCGCUGCACAGCGAACCCCUCAUGCCGCACAAUGCCACCUACCCUGACUCUUUCCAGCAGUCUCUCUGUCCAGCACCGCCCUCCUCGCCAGGCCACGGGUUCCCGCAGUCUCCAUGCCCCACCAGCUACCCACACUCUCCCGGAAGUCCUUCCGACUCAGACAGUCCCUAUCAACACUCAGACUUCCGGCCAGUUUGCUACGAGGAACCCCAGCACUGGUGUUCUGUUGCCUACUAUGAACUAAACAACCGGGUCGGAGAGACUUUCCAGGCGUCCUCCCGGAGCGUGCUUAUAGACGGCUUCACAGACCCCUCUAAUAACAGGAACAGGUUCUGUCUUGGGCUUCUUUCAAAUGUAAACAGAAACUCGACGAUAGAAAACACCAGGAGGCACAUUGGAAAGGGUGUGCAUUUGUACUACGUUGGGGGCGAGGUGUACGCGGAGUGCGUGAGUGACAGCAGCAUCUUUGUCCAGAGCCGGAACUGCAACUACCAGCAUGGUUUCCACCCGGCUACUGUCUGCAAGAUCCCCAGUGGCUGCAGCCUCAAGGUCUUCAACAACCAGCUCUUCGCCCAGCUGCUCGCCCAGUCAGUGCACCACGGCUUUGAAGUUGUGUAUGAGCUGACGAAGAUGUGCACGAUUCGGAUGAGCUUUGUGAAGGGUUGGGGAGCUGAGUAUCAUCGCCAAGAUGUCACAAGCACCCCCUGCUGGAUUGAGAUUCAUCUUCAUGGACCACUGCAGUGGUUGGACAAGGUGCUAACUCAGAUGGGCUCCCCACAUAACCCUAUUUCUUCAGUGUCUUAAGUCAUGUCGUCAGCUACCUUUCCACAGAGUAGAUGCAGGCAGGGGCUUCCAUCAUUGCAACUCGCAGCUAAUACAGGGUUCUGGAUGCAGAUGUAAAUAUGUAUGAUGCCCAUGAGUCAUAUUUUUAUCACCAUUUGUUUUGUACUCCCUACUUAAGGGGGUUAAUGCUGUGUGGUUGAAGAAGCAUGUUUUCCAGGCUAGUGCUCUGAUUAGAGGCCAAGUCUUUUCUGAGAGGGAAACAGGAUAUGAAGGUGCUGGCAGAACCCAAGGCCACUGAGUCAGCUCGUCCCUCUACAGAAGGUGGUGCCCCAUGCAGAAGACACAAAGCUGCUCACAUAGAAAAAUAAUAGGAGCAAAAUCAGUCAACCCCACAGAGCUGUAACAGACCUCACUUGCAAUGUGAAUGGCAAGAAAAAACAAACAAACAAACAAACAAAACAAGCUUGUCCAGUGAUCUGUGAGAUAAGCCACAGAAACUUUUAUCUCUGAAGUUGAAAUAUGCAUAGCCGGGUACUGUACUGAUGUCAGGUACAUUUAACCAGAUCUAAACUGUGAUCAGAAAGGGAGGAAACUGUGAAGCUUAGAGUCAGGUUGCCUUAACCUACCACUGUUAAAACAAGCAAGCAAGCAAGCAAGCAAGCAAGCAAGCAAGCAAGCAAGCAAGCAAGCAAGCAAAACCAAGGCUCAUAUGGGAAAAUGGCCUGAGACCAGCCAUGAUCCUAAGAGCAGGGUUAGCCCAGAAUUCAGGCCUAGGAGCACAGGGGGCUCCUGCUUCCACUCUGGAAGUCAGCUUCCAGCCUUCCAUUUCCUCCUGUCUGACCUUGCAGAUGGCUGUCUGCCCUGGGUACACUGCAAACCCUGUGCAGAGAUGGAGCUGUAGACUGGGAGGUUGGGUGGGAAGUCCCAUGGCUACCUGCAGUUUCCUGCAUGCCCCUACUGAAGCCUAUGAGGCAGGGCCUCCUUUGCCUCAUUUUGCCUCCUGCUGACAAAUAUCAGUUAGUUACAGAUGAUUCAAGCAACAGCAAAGCCCUGGGGGAAGCUAGAGGCAUCACUGGAUCAUAUCUAUGCGUUUCUCAACCUGGCACCUGUGUUAAGUUAUGAGCUGGUUACAUCUGUGCAGCCUCUUCUAAAGCUACAUUUUUUUUUUUUUGAGGAAAUAAUGGUAGUGAAUAAUAAAGCAUC